UAAAGCUGUGCCCGCUUUAUCACCGGGCCAGAAUGACCAUGCGGUGCUACCUGUUCGCGUCGAGCUGCGCAAUCGCAGCUUUAGCCUUUGUUGCCUUCGCCAGUGUUCCGGUGGCUGGCGAUGGGCUAUCGAAGCAGGUGAUUGAGGUGGACGUCUACUAUGAAUCAUUGUGUCCCGACAGCAUGCGAUGGAUCAAGAAUCAACUGGCUCCGUCGUACGAUGCUUUGAAGAAUAACAUUCACGUUAAUUACAUUACGUACGGAAAAGCAUCGCAGAAGAAUCUCGAAGACGGCCAAUGGCAGUUCACGUGCCAACACGGGCCCAACGAGUGCGAGGGGAACAUGGCCCAGGCAUGCGCGAUCCACGCGAUCCAAAAUGAGGAACCGGCCGACAGAGUCCAGCAGCUCACCGAGGCCCUCGUUGUUUGCGCAAUGACCUCGAGUUUACCGUCCACGGCCGUUCCCCAGUGCGGUGAGACGGUAGGAUUGAGUCAGCAGACGCAGAAUAGCAUCAGGGAUUGUAUCUCGGGCCCACUGGCCAAGGAGCUCCACGCGGCCAAUGGGAAGAAAACGGCGUCCCUGACACCGCCCCUUUCCUUUGUUCCAACGAUAACGCUGAAUGGAGUGUACAGCAAGGAGAAUCAAAGGAAGGCGCUCGACAACUUCCUUAAACUGAUUUGCGACAAUCUGGAAGGGACGAAGCCCACUCAGUGCAGCGCCGCUUGAAAAUAAACGGUUGCUCAACCCUUUCGCCGGCUGAAAACUCUCUAUAGUGGGUCGUUGCUUUUUAUACAAAGUCUAUUGCAGUCUGCCAGCGUCGCUAUCCAAUCGAAACGUCGUUAUAGCAGGCUAUUAAUAGCCUUCGUAGGACGAACUGUCAUGGCGGACUUGGAGAAUAUUUCAUGCAAUUCCACUGUCAGGGGACAUCGUUAUUAUGGUGUACGUUUAAAUACUUUUCUGUAUUAGAAAUGCGACUGCAUUCGUAUCGGCAAUAAAAUCUUUUUGCGACGAA